GCUGGAUUCCAUUGAAUUCAUCAUUGAUUUUUUUAAUAUGGGAAUAUAUUUAUAUUCCAAGAUUAUAUAUAUAUCUCUCAGCUUAGAUAUGAGGGCCUAAUUAUACACAUAUUUAUUGAUUUUAAAAUCUUGUAUAAGCCUAGUGAAAUGUUAAACAGAACUUUAUAGAUUUGUUUCUCUAUGUGACAUGUAUCGGGGAAUACAUUUUCAGAGAAUUGUCAGUUGACUUGGAUUUAUCUGGUCAUUUAAAAUUUACCUGUGAAUUAAACCUGUUAAAUAUAGGUUUAAAUAAAGACAUUCAACCCGAAACCUAAAUUCAUCAAGAUGAAUGACGAUGAUUCAACCCAAGGAUUCAAUAUGGGCGACAACUUCGCCUUCAGUGAGAAGAGCAUUCGGAUGGGUUUCAUCAGGAAGGUGUAUGGAAUUCUUCUGUGUCAGAUCCUGGUCACAGUCCUAUUUAUAGUCCUGUUCCUGUAUGCAGCACCUGUGCAGCAAUUUGCAGCUGCGAACCCGUGGUUGUGGUAUGUUGCCAUAGCUCUAACGUUUGUGAUGAUCAUCACCUUGGCUUGUUGUCCAGAUGUCAGACGUACAUAUCCUGUCAACAUGGUAUUACUUGCAGUUUUUACAAUUUGUGAAGGGUUCUUGUUGGGAGGCAUUUCAGGAACCUACAACGAAAAUUCGGUGCUGAUGGCUGUAGGGGUGACAGCAGUCGUGACCUUUGCUCUUACCGUGUUUGCUUUCCAAACCAAGAUUGAUUUCACUAUGAUGGGAGGACUCCUGUUUGUAUUUCUGAUUGUCCUUAUCUGUUUUGGAUUUCUCUGUGCCAUAAUUCAAAAUGAGUAUGCGCGGCUUGCCUACUCCUGUCUCGGAGCUCUCCUCUUCAGUGCUUACAUCGUAUUCGACACCCAGAUGAUGAUUGGCGGUAAACACAAGUAUUCACUGUCCCCAGAGGAGUACAUCUUUGCUGCCCUGAAUCUCUACCUGGACAUCGUCAACCUCUUCCUCUUCAUCCUCAGCAUUUUUGGCUCCAAAAACUAGACAGUCUGAAUAACAACAUACAGUUACAUGUCAGCUGGUGUACUUCACAGAGAUUUAUAAAGUGGGCUAGGCCAGACUCCGUGUACAAAAUCCUAGAGAAACAAAGUCAAUGUUCUAUGGGGGUGUUUUUCUGAAUUUCAGGUGGUUUUGAAAUCUCUUGGUGUAGAUAAGCCAAAAUAACUCCAUAUUUAUGAUGAUUUAGUGAAGAAUGCUAUUAAACUCAUGGAAGCAAAAUUUGUAAAAUAUCUUUUGACAAGUGGUUUCUUCAGACCAGUUAUUUCUGUAGACUAGUUGUUUCUUCUUACGUGUGGUUUGUAUAGACCAAUGGUUUCUAUAGACCAUUGGUUUGUAUAGACAAGUGGUUUGUAUAGACCAGUGGUUUCUUUAGACCAGUGGUUUGUAUAGACCAGUGGUUUUUAUAGACCAGUGGUUUCUUAAGACCAAUGGUUUGUAUAGACGGGUAGUUUCUUACGACCAAAGGUUUGUAUAGACCAGUGGUUUCUUUAUAUAGACCAGUGGUUUGUAAAGACCAGUGGUUUCUUUAGACCAAUGGUUUGUAUAGACCAGUGGUUUCUUUGUAUAGACCAGUGGUCGCUAUGUAUAGACCAGUGGUUUCUAUGUAUAGACCAGUGGUUUGUAUAGACCAGUGGUUUCUAUGUAUAGACCAGUGGUUUCUAUGUGUAGACCAGUGGUUUCUAUGUAUAGACCAGUGGUUUCAAUGUAUAGACCAAUGGUUUCUAUGUAUAGACCAGUGGUUUCUAUGUAUAGACCAGUGGUUUCUAUGUAUAGACCAGUGGUUUCUAUGUAUAGACCAGUGGUUUCUAUGUAUAGACCAGUGGUUUCUAUGUAUAGACCAGUGGUUUCUAUGUAUAGACCAGUGGUUUCUAUGUAUAGACCAGUGGUUUCUAUGUAUAGACCAGUGGUUUCUAUGUAUAGACCAGUGGUUUCUAUGUAUAGACCAGUGGUUUCUAUGUAUAGACCAGUGGUUUCUAUGUAUAGACCAGUGGUUUCUAUGUAUAGACCAGUGGUUUCUAUGUAUAGACCAGUGGUUUCUAUGUAUAGACCAGUGGUUUCUAUGUAUAGACCAGUGGUUUCUAUGUAUAGACCAGUGGUUUCUAUGUAUAGACCAGUGGUUUCUAUGUAUAGACCAGUGGUUUCUAUGUAUAGACCAGUGGUUUCUAUGUAUAGACCAGUGGUUUCUAUGUAUAGACCAGUGGUUUCUAUGUAUAGACCAGUGGUUUCUAUGUAUAGACCAGUAGUUUUUAUGUAAAGGCCAGUGGUUUCAAUGUAUAGGCCAGUGGUUUCUAUGUAUAGACCAGUGGUUUGUAUGUAUAGACCAGUGGUUUCUAUGUAUAGACCAGUGGUUUCUAUGUAUAGGCCAGUGGUUUCUAUGUAUAGACCAAUGGUUUCUAUGUAUAGACCAUUGGUUACUAUGUAUAGACCAGUGGUUUGUAUAAACCAGUGGUUUCUAUGUAUAGACCAGUGGUUUGUAUAAACCAGUGGUUUCUAUAGAUUAGUGGUUUGUAAAGACCAGUCGUUUGUUUAUUUAAUAUGAGUGAUGUCCUCUUUCUUGUUGUUUCUUUAUACCAGUGGGGGUUUUCAAGACAGUUGUUUCCUUAGAUAGGUAUAUAGUCUUUACUGGAAACAGAGGCAAUACAAGUUUUACAUAUUUAGAUGUUCAAUAUAUUACAUGGUGUCAUUCAUCCAGGUUUUAAUCUGCAAAUGUUUUGAAAAUUUGAAAUUUCAUGAGGAAGUAGUUGGUGCCCUGUAUUUAAAUAAUCCUCGUCCUCUAGUAGUAUCCAUGUAGCUCUUUACUUGAUAGUGACAUGACUAGUCCAUUAGUUAGAAAUAACCAUGGACAUCUGUCUAUUCUGAUGAUAUUUGAUUACUUGACAAAUCAAAAUCCAGCUGAUUAUAUAAGUUAUGAUCACCUGUUGUUAUUUACACAUAAGUUUUAAUAACAAUGCACUAGUCAAACUCACAACACUAUGUAUUGCAUACACUGUUGUCUGUAUGACACUAAAAUCACAUGUAUGCACUAUGCGUGUGUUCUAACGUAGAUUAGUUUUAUUUCCACUUUUUGAAAAUAAGUCAGAAAUUGCUGAGAUGAGGGUUAAGGUCUCUACUUCGUUUGGCCUCUGUUCACCAUAGAAAAAUCACCCUUAGAAAAUCAUAACUUUGAGCACAAGUAUGUGUUUCUGUGGUGAAUUUCUGACUCAAUAACCAAAUAUAAAUUGUAUCCUACAUUUUUUAAAUCAAAGAAAUUCAUAUGAAAGAUUUUUCAGAUGUUACUAAUUUCUUUAGUCAACAUUCUGUUUUCAUUCACCCUGAUUUUGUUACUUGUGUCUUUGAUUCCGUUGUUUUGUUACCCUGUUUUUGUGUUUUGUGUUUUUAUACCCCCACAAACAAAGUUUAGGGGGUACAUAUAGGAAUCACCCUGUAUGUCCGUCUGUCCAUGAACCUCGUGAGCUCUAUCCAAUUAUUUGUUGGAUUUUUUGUUUGUUACCUAGAUGUGCAUAAAGAAAGAAUUUAUGAUUCAACUAAUUUUCCAGGAGUAUAUGGCCCUGUAAACUUUGCCAGGGAUCUUUGUGAGGUCUUGUUGCAUCUUUGUGAGGUCUUGGACAGUUUCUCGUUUUUGAUUCUGUUUUCUUGUCAUAGAUUAUGUUUAUUUCAUCUUGAUUUUGUGUGUGGAGAGUCAUUUCUGCUUUAUGUAACAUUGAUUACGAUUUCUAUUUACUAUUUAAUUGACCUUAGUUCUGAUUUCUGUGACCUUGAUUCUGUUUCCGGUGACCUUGAUUCUGUUUCCGGUGACCUUGGUUUUGUGGUCCACCGAAUUGUUUUUUGUAAUCCUAAUUCAGUUUUCUUUUUUCAUUAAUCAAUGCGUUCAGGCAGAUUUUACCUGAUAACUGAAGACAAUUAACUUUUGAUAUAUUAUUAUGACUUGCAUGACACACAUUUCACUCCCAAUGAUAUAUAGCUCUACAGCAGAUGUUUUCAUACAUCAGUAUCGCUUUUAUGGAAAUUGGUUACUGUUUGGAUUAGCUAGGUUCUACUGUAUUGAAACUACAGCAGUUUUCUGUUUAUUCAUUAUCGGGUGCAGGACUAAAAUCCAUCAUUCUGAAGAUUUGUCUGUUUUAUGUUCAUAAAUGUCUGUUAUUUCUUUGAUGAUUCAUGCUUUUCACUUUUAUAAAGAUGCCUGAUGUCAAAUUUGUUGUAAAAUUCUCAUCAUGAGGUUAUGGUCGUCAUCCCAUACUUUCAGAAAUAUUUGAUCACCUUUCUUGCUAAGAAUCUGUGCUUGUUUAUUGCAGUUAAUGGCAAUAAAUCCUAGAGAAAAUACAGAGAAAUUGACAAGACCCCCAUCCCUUUGGAGAUUUCUAAUACUGCAAAGAAAGCUACUUAACACAAUUUAGGAAGAGAAAAUAUAUUGAUACGAAGGUUUUGAAAAAUUAUAAAUACUUCAGACAAAGUAAAUUAUCUAAUUAAAUAGAAAAUAAUUAAAUGAAAUUUAGGCUUAUAUCACAAACAAAACAUAUAUCCCUUUACAGCAUUAAAUACCCAUUGAAAAUAAGAUUUUGAGUUUCUUUGAUAAAAUGAAUAUAAAAAAACGUAAAUUUACAAAAAUUGUGUAUCAAAAUAUUACUGUCAUUUUAGCUGAUAAAAAAAAUAAGGGAUAUAUUAUCAAAAUUGAUCAAACGUUUUGCAAGUAAUAAAUUAAAAUGCAUAACUACAUUAUUCUGAUCAGUCAGUGGUUCAACUGUAAAAUUCAAGACUUUUUUCUUUGAAAGAGCAUGUGAAGUUUCAAGAAAAUGACGGGAUUACCUCCCCUUAUCCUUAAUUUGCCGGUAAUUAAAUAUAGUUGCAAUCAUAAAAGAAUGUCUUGGUAAUUUUUAUGUAUACAAAGAAUAUUGUACGACUCAUUCAUUUUCUACGUCUUAUUUUAUACAUCGAGUGAAACUCAACUUUAAUCUUUCUACCACAUGUAAAAGACACUGAUAUCUCUAUGAAUAAUUUAUGCUUAGUAUAGUUCUAAAUGUACUAUUCCUACAAAUAAUGUAUACAAGUUUGACUGGCUUCUGUUUCUUGUUUAGGCAUUGAAUAUAAAUUUAACAAUUUUUUUUAAAAAUAUGCAUUCUGCAUGUAUAUAUCUGCAUAGCAGAUAUUUUUAACAGUUGGCACAUUUUUUCCAAACCCUGAUGAAAUUUUUUAAAUACCUAUUGCCUUCAAUGCAUAAAUUUACAAAAUAAAGCCAAGUUGUUUCUUUUGCACUUCAAAAUGUUCUAAAAUAUUGAUAAUGUUUAUAGUGAUCAUAUAUCAAAGGGAAGUAAUCCAGUAAUGUCCCCCUUUUUGUUCUCCGACUAAACGUCAUUCCGUUAAUACGUCACUUUAACAAAUAAGACAAAAACAUUAAUAAAGUGCAACGGGCUCGACCACGCGCGUUAGUUUAUUACACAAUAACUCACCUUCACCAACUACAAAACCACACAUCACAAAUAACCAUCUCUCAAAUAUCUUCUCGGCGACCUCCCUUUCAAAUAAUCAAAUUAUACUUCAUCUUUGUAUAAUAUCUUUAAAUUUUCCAAAAACCAGAAACUAGCAGUGUACGGGUAUACCGGUGUGUGUACCCGUGUACGUGGUCUCGCUGAAUGACCACCCGCACGAGCUCCACAGGUAUAUACACCCGAAACACUGCUCACCCCGUGACGUCACUCCGGUAUCGGAGAAAACAAUUUCAUCCUAAUUCAUUCCAUUCAAACGAAUACAAUUAUAUUAUACUUGCAUAUUUUUUUAUUUUUUUCAAUUAAUUGUAUUGUCCCACAACAUAAUUUUUUUUUUACUUGCAUAAUUUGAAGGUUGUAAAAAUGUUUUCUCUCCAUUUUUUCUUUAAGUUUUGUUAAUUAAAGUCAGUAUUUUUACAGCUGAAUUUGCAUAUCAUUGAAUAUGAUUUUAAAUGCAAAGGUAAUUUGCAAAAAACAUUUUAGUUGGAAGCAAAUGGAUUUAAAAUAUAUAUUUAUUGCACAAUGUUUUAGAAAAUGGUGGCAUUUAAGAAGUGAUUUGGAUACUGAAGUGAUGAUAUUUAUAAAGAAAUAACCCGCUAUUGUAUGAAUUAUUUCUGAAUAUUAACAAUCAAGAAAUUUUGUUACUUUGGUUGGUGUGUACAAUGGAACCUCAUUGAUCAGGUCAUAAGAUUGUGAGGCAGCCAAAAUUUAAAAUUUCAGACUGUCAAUGAUGUUAAUAAAAUUUUCUUGGACAAACAGUCUUAGUCCUUGAGUGCGAGAGUACAUAUAAACAAAAGGUAUAUGAAUGUCAUCACACUUUGAUACGGCAAUGACGUAUACACAAUAUAUUUCUAGGUUACUGCAUGUUCAUGAGGCCUGGACGCUUUCAUUUCCAAAAAAAAUCUUUAAGUAUGACAUUUGUGCAUUUGUUAUUGAGCUGAAUAUUUUAAAAGAAAUGUGUUCCUUCGAUUAUACAACAUGUAUAUAUUUACUUUGUUUUAACAUGGUCUUUACAUCGAGAUCCAAACCCACUAUCACGCUCCUAACAUAAUUUUCAACCGAAUGAGUCGACAUCUCUUUAAGUAGCAGAAGUGAGUGUGUGAUGCAUGGAAAUGUUGUGAACACUUUUUCAAUAGGUAGACUGUUAACGUCCCUUGUUACUUGUAUUAGCUGGUUUUACAUCAUAAGACACAGAUUCAUUCCAUGUUGUAUAACUGUUUUUAUUGUUGGUUCAUGUAGGCAUUGAAUAAAAAGUCAAAAAUCUUUA